AUGGAUCACAACACCUGGUCGCAGGUUCCAGACCGGCAAUCUUCCUCCAUAGAAUACUAUGAUCUAGGUACCUUCCAUCGGGUCGUCAGCACCACAAUCCCAGAUGCCCAAGCUUGGUUCAACAGGGGUGUGGUCUGGGCCUACGCCUUCAAUCAUCAUGAGUCAAUCCGAUGUUUCGAGCAAGCCAUUUUGUUCGACCCCGAGUUCGCAAUGGCAUAUUGGGGUCUUGCCUUCUCGCUGGGGCCAAACUACAAUAAACCAUGGCAACUUUUCGACGGCGAGGAUCUCUCCAUGACGACUGCGAGAGCUCAUGCCGCCGUAGUCGAGGCGAAGAAACAUGCAGACUCUGCAACACCCGAAGAGAAAGCUCUCAUCAAUGCAUUGCAGUUUCGGUAUCCACAGGAAGAACCGGCUGAGGACUGUAUGGAGUGGAAUCGCCGGUACGCCGAGGCCAUGCUGUCCGUAUAUCAAACAUUCCCAGACGAUUUAGACAUCGUCGCGCUUUAUGCAGAUUCCUUAAUGAAUCUCAACCCCUGGAACUUAUGGAACCUGGUAACCGGAGAGCCGACCCCAGGAGCCCAGACCCUCGAGGUGAAAAGGGCACUAGAUCGUGCCUUGGAGCGCGACGAGGCCCUCGAGCACCCUGGUCUCCUGCAUCUGUACAUCCACCUGAUGGAAAUGUCAGCCACACCGGAGAUCGCGCUCCCGAUAGCAAAUAAUCUCCGUGGUCUCGUCCCAGACGCAGGCCAUCUCGAACAUAUGCUAAGUCAUUUAGACGUAUUGUGUGGUAACUAUCGUCGUGCGGUAACAGCCAACACAGCUGCCAUCCGCGCCGAUGAGAAGUUCCUCUCAACCCAGCCUCUGGGCCACUUUUACAAUAUUUAUCGCGCACACGACUACCACUUCCUCAUGUACGCUGCUAUGCUGGGCGGCCAGUCGAAAGUGGCAAUCUACACUGCGAACCAGUUGGCAGAUUCAAUUACAGAGCCUCUCCUAUCGGUCAAGUCACCUCCUCUUGCAGAUUGGCUAGAAGGCUUUGUUGCCAUGCGCGUACACGCCUUGGUUCGCUUUGGUUGUUGGGAAGAUAUCAUGUCCCUAGAACCCCCCGCAAACCAGAGUCUUUAUUGCGUCACCACAGCCAUGACCCACUACGCAAAGGGUAUUGCCUUUGCGGCUACCAACCGCAUUAAAGAGGCAGAGAAGGAACAGGAUCUCUUCAAGUCAUCUUCCAAGCUUGUCCCUCUCUCUCGCACAAUAUUCAAUAAUACAUGCGUCGACGUAUUAGGCGUUGCAGCGCCAAUGUUAGAAGGUGAGAUUGCUUAUCGGCGCGGUGACUACGAUGACGCUUUCGCCAUUCUUCAAACUGCCGUCGAUCGUGAAGAUAGUCUUCCCUACGACGAACCGUGGGGCUGGAUGCAGCCCGUCCGUCACGCGCUUGGAGCUUUACUAUUAGAGAAGAAUCGGGUGGAAGAGGCAAUUAAGGUAUACUCUGCUGAUCUUGGGAUUGACACAUCUUUACCUAGGGCGCUGAGACAUCCUAAUAAUGUAUGGGCGCUGCGUGGUUAUCAUGAGUGUUUGACUCGGCUUGGGAGAAAGGCUGAGGCACGAAUUUUACUGCCGCAGAUGAGACAGGCUGUGGCGAUGGCGGAUAUACCUAUUCGCGGGUCUUGUUUUUGUCGGACGACGUUUGAGACUGAAUCAUUAUCAUGA